AACUGUUACGAGAUGGACCGUUACCUGAAGGACGAGCCUCGGGUGAAGGGCGGCGGCCGCAAGCUUGGCAGCUGUGAGGUCGACACCCCCUGGCAGGCCUUCUACGAGGACUGCGGCCACGACUCCUCCGCGCAGCCCCUGCGUAUCUACAAGCUCACCAGACCCCUCAAGGGCGGGCGCAACUCCCGCCUCCUGGUGAAGGUCAAGGCCGAGACCCUCAACGCCGAGCUGAACAUUAAGCGGGAAAACUUUGACCACGACGCUUGCGAAAAGACCGAGCCUCUGGACGAUGAGGUAAUCGUCAAGGACGAACCCUUGGAGGACCUCGAUGACCCCUUAAGUCAGGACGACCUCUGUGGUUCAGAACGAUCCUUAGAUUCUGUGUCAGUGUCCUCUUCCUCCUCCUCCGCCUCCUCCCUCGCCUCCUUGGAGGGCGACCUCGAUGCUCCGGUCAGUGUGGGCGACCAGAGCCCUACCCGCGGGCGCUCGCUCGUCUCGUGGGCGUCGUCCGAAGACAUGGUGACGGACGCGCGGCUGGAAUCCGGUGCGCGACGAGGCUCCAGCACGUCGUUCUUCGGCGCGACGAAACUCCUGACGGCCAAAUCGGCGCCCAACAUCGCCACACUGACCCCACCCUCCUCCCCGGAGACCUCGCCUGUCACACACACCCACACACUCCUCAAGGUUCACGCCCGCUCACAAGUGCCAAAGUUUAUCUCCUUCGCCACCUCCUUGCCCCUCAAGACGAGUAGCAGCAACAACAGCAGUAGCCUAACUAUGGGCGUGCGAGGGAUGAGUGUGGGCGUGCACCCGCGGGCGGCAGACACCUCCCCGGAUGCCAAGCGGCGGGUGCACAAGUGUCUCUUCCCAGGCUGCAAGAAAGUCUACACCAAGUCCUCGCAUCUCAAGGCCCACCAACGUACACAUACCGGUAAGUCCAAUGUCACUCGUAAGAGUGGAAUUAUUUCUACUAACUGUCGUAAGGGACAGUUAUGGCUGCCUGUCUAUUACCCCCUUUUUCGGGAUCCUGUCGUAUGGGAGUGUUUUAUUGGUCCCUAUAGAUUCGCCUUGCUUCUUGGUUUCCAAGAUUAAUGAGGGUCAGGAAUGGUCGUGUGCUGUAAUUAUUAAU